AGAAAAGAAAAUGUAUUGCCAAAAGACGAAGAAGCUUCAAAGAAGCCAAGAAAAGAGCAGCUGAUCUUCAUUUUAAGUUCGUUCAAUCAGAAAUCUCCAUUCAAGAGUCGAAGAAAGAAAUCUAAGAAGAUGUUAGAGAAGAUCGGAUUGCCUCCAAAGCCAUCACUGAGAGGGAAUAUUUGGGUUGUUGACGCCUCACAUUGCCAAGGAUGUUCUGCACAGUUCACUUUCAUCAAUCGCAAGCAUCACUGCCGCAGGUGUGGGGGUUUGUUCUGCAACAGCUGUACCCAGCAAAGAAUGGUGUUGCGUGGACAAGGUGAUUCACCUGUGCGCAUAUGUGAACCCUGCAAAAAGUUAGAAGAAGCAGCACGUUUUGAAAUGCGACAUGGGCACAAAAAUAGAGCUGGAAGAGGUGGCUCAAAGCAUACGGCUAAGGAUGAAGAUGAAGUUUUGGGCCAAAUUUUGGGCAAUGAAGGGAAGCCACCAAUGUCAUCAAAAUCAGCAUCCACGAUGGACAUGCUUUCAAGUUCUCAACAUCCAAGAAGUAGUGCAUCAUGUUCAAAUAUUCAAGAAAUCUCCUCUCAGGAUGACAGAGGAGACAUGCAUAAAAGCUUGUCCCAUGAUCAGCCUCCAGAUAUCUCAAGUUUGUUGGCUGAUGCUACUCCUGAAGAUUUACGUCAACAAGCUGUUGAAGAAAAGAAGAAAUACAGAACAUUAAAAGCAGAAGGGAAACCUGAAGAAGCCUUAAGAGCUUUUAAAAGGGGGAAAGAGCUUGAAAAGCAGGCUGGGGCUUUGGAGAUAAGUAUAAGAAAGAACCGCAGAAAGGCCUCGUCUUUCAACAAUAGUUCUGAACUUUUAAGCAGCAAAGAUGAUUCUAAGGCAUCUUCUUUGGAUGAUAAGCUCCCUCCUCAAAGGAGUCAUGCAAAGGAUGAUCUUGCUGCUGAACUUAGAGAACUGGGAUGGUCAGAUUUGGAUAUGCGUGAUGCUGAUAAAAAGCCAACAACACUGAGUUUGGAGGGUGAAUUAUCAACACUCCUUGGAGAGGCGCCCCAAAGAGCUAAUACAGAAAAGAGAACCCAUGGCACUGAUAAAUCUCAGGUCAUGGCCCAUAAGAGAAAGGCUCUUGAACUGAAGCGUCAAGGUAAUCUUGCAGAAGCCAAAGAAGAGCUGAAGAGGGCAAAAGUUCUUGAAAAGCAGAUUGAAGAGCAGGAAUUGCUGGGAGAUGAUGAGGAUUCUGAUGAAGAGUUUGCUGCGCUGAUGCGGAGUGUGAAUGUUGACAAAAAUGAUGAUUUGUCAAUUGGGUAUAAUCUGGAUCAUGGUUUUGAUUUUGGUAAUCUUGGGGAUCUUGGUGAUGAUCAUGGUUUUGAUGGUAACCUUGAAGUCACGGAGAAUGACAUGGAUGAUCCCGAAAUGGUUGCUUCAUUACAAUCAUUAGGUUGGACUGAGGAGACCACUCAUUUUGAGGAAUCAGACUGUGGUAUUGCACCUACUCAUAGUGAAACUUUGUUGAAUGAGAUUCAAUCUUUGAAGAAGGAAGCUCUUAAUCAGAAAAAGGCAGGCAAUAAUAGAGAGGCGUUGGGAUUGUUUAGGAAGGCAAAACUACUUGAAAAGGAGCUUGAGAGCUCUAAUUCUCAAGGACCUAAGUCAAUUGCCCUGAAUUCUGUGAUGGUUCAUGAGAGUUCACCCUCCCAAUCUGUGGAGGAACACGUGAAACUUAGCCAUGCAGAUGCUGGAAAUGUCAAUGAGAGGACUACUUUUAGCCGUAAUAUUGCGUCGAAGAGUAAAACAAUGAUCCAGAAAGAGCUUCUUGACCUGAAAAAGAGAGCUCUUGCUCUGAGAAGGGAAGGGAAGUUAGAUGAGGCAGCAGAAGAAUUGAAGAAAGGAAAGGUUCUUGCGAAACAGCUUGAAGAGAUGGAAAAUGUUCCCAGGGCAACACCCAUGAGUUUUAGCAGUAAACAGGCUGGUGACGUGAUGAUCCAUGAUGAUGGAGAUGAAGGGGAAGUGACAGAUCAAGACAUGAAUGAUCCUUCUUAUCUUUCAUUUCUAAAGACUUUGGGUUGGAAGGAUGAUGAUACUGAAAAUCUUCCAUCCAUGUCUUCAAAAAAGGAUGAGGCUGCUGCUGCACAUGUUAAUAGAUUUUCUGAUAUUCAAGCAACUUCUAGAUUCCAAGAUGAUGUAUCUAAAAGAAGUAAGAGUGAGAUCCAGAGGGAGCUUUUAGGUUUGAAAAGAAAGUCUCUUGCUCUGAGACGUCAAGGAGAUGGUGAAGGGGCUGAGGAAGUCCUAAAAAUGGCGAAAGUGUUAGAGGCGCAAUUGGCAGAGAUUGAAGCACCAGUGGAUAAAAAUAUUCUGGCUGAAUCUAUUUUGCAGAGAGAAAAUAAUUUAAGCGAUCCCUCUCUGAAAAUUGAUAGUCAACCUAUUCAGUUGAAUUCAGAAGAGGGCCCAAUUCUGAAUUUUGGAGGCACAGGUUUGGUAACAAUUGAGAGACCGGAGGAGACGAUUAGCACAAAUGAGAAGCGAAAAGUUUCAGAAGUAAACUCUGCUCAGGCUGAUGUUUCUUCAACGGAUGGAAAUUCCCUUCAACAGGAUAUCCUGGCUCACAAGAGGAAGGCACUUGCCUUGAAAAGAGAAGGGAAGUUGGAGGAGGCCAAGGAGGAGCUAAGGCAGGCAAAGCUCUUAGAAAAACAGAGAGAAGAGAUCAAGUCUCAGCCUAGUACAAGUUCUACUGAUAUGCCAGGUUCUGACAUCUCAUAUGUUGGGAAAAAAGACUCAAAUCCUAGUUCAGGUGCAAAACCAUUGUCCAGCCGUGAACGCUUUAAAUUGCAGCAGGAGUCGCUCAACCACAAGCGUCAGGCACUUAAGUUGCGAAGGGAAGGCAGAACAGAAGAAGCUGAAGCGGAAUUUGAAUUGGCAAAAGCUAUUGAAGCCCAGUUAGAAGAAUCUGCUGCACAAGAUUCAAUGACGUCUUCUGCAAAUGCCGCGGAAGCAGUAGAUGAAGUCAUAGUUGAGGAUUUUCUUGAUCCUCAGCUUGCGUCUGCCUUGAAGGCAAUUGGACUAAAUGAUGUGAGCUCUGGAUCCCAGGGCACUGAAAACCACGAGUCCAAAAAAAACCUUGCUGACACUGACAACUCUAAUGAUGAGAGAAGGGAGUUGGAAGAACGCAUCAAGGCAGAGAAGGUAAAGGCACUAAACUUUAAACGUUCGGGGAAGCAAACUGAGGCCUUGGAUGCUCUACGUACGGCCAAACUUCUUGAAAAGAAGUUGAAUUCUUUACCUGCAAAAUAACGAGGAAUAGACGGUUGAUAUUUGUUUCAAGUCUCAGAAACUUUUGCAUUCUCCCAGGAGCCCAAAAGGACUUAGGUAAUAAACGGUUCCUGAUGUUAUAGUGCAGAUGAAAUUCAGAAGAUUGCACUUGGCUGCAGGUUGAUCGGUUGUACACAUGUUACACUGACUAUGAUUUUUUUUUUUUUUUAAUGUCCAAACGCUGAAUAUUAUGCUGCAGAUGUACAGUCUUCAUGUUUUGCAGUUC